AUGGAACUUCAAUUGCAGAGCCACGUGAUGAAUGCAAAAUGUUGUGUUCGAGUUGAACGAAACAAAUUAUUUAAUAAUGCAUCAAAGAAAUUGGUUCUGAGCUUCCAUUUAAUCGAGAGGAAAGCAAUUUACUGUCAUUUUCAUGACUUGAAAGCAUUUCAUAAAAUAUUUACACAAAGGGCACAAAAUACAUGA